AUGGAGAGGCAGAGGUCUGCCCGCCUGUCAGGCCCGGUGGCGGACAGCGAAUGGCGGCUGGCGCUGAGCAGAAAUUUUAAAAAUGGUCCGAAUGGGCGGCGGGUGAUGCCUGUCAAGCGUUCAGACGGCAGCAGCUCGGACGACAAGGAGGGCGCCCAGGGUGUCGACCCCAACGAUGUGAUGUCGCAAAGGGAAUAUAAUCGGCGUGCGCAGCAAAAGUGCCGAGAGCGGCAGAAGCAGAAGCUCAAGCUGAGCGAAAGCCGAGCGCAGGAACUGCAGAAGGCUCUUGAGGCCUUGAAGUUGGAGAAAUCUGUCUUGGUGGCCCACAACGAACUGCUUCAGCGGAUGGUGGGCCUGCAUGGCAACAGUCCUCAGCCGCUGCAGCCGCCGCCGCACAGUGACGAGGCAUAUUCUCAGGGGAGUGCCGAAAGGGAUCCUGAAGAGGCAGGCAUUAACGCUGAAAGCCACAACAGGAGCGUGACACCCGAGACGUGGGCGCCAGCUCAGGAGAUGAUCCACCUCAGCAUCCGCACAGGAUGUCUGGAGGUGGCGAGAGCGGGGGAAGCGCUGGUCCUCUCCAUGGAGCAGUUCAAGACCCUGUCGGUGGGUGAGCUGGCGAUGCUGUGGCGCGACUAUGUGAGCGCCAUGGCCGGCCUCCUCCCAGACGCGCGCGCCGCCCCCGGCUCAGCCGCAAAUUUGCAAGUGGUGCAGCUGGCGCGCGAAAUGCGGCUUGUGGUGUCCAACCUCAUGUCCGCCAGCCCUAAGCACUGGUCCACCCUCAGGGCCGUGAAGAUGGACCCUGCGGGCGGCGCGCCCGUGAUGGAGACACCGCCGCCAAACUGGUGGCGCAAGGUCUACCAAGCCAUGGAGCUGAGCGACGAGCAGCGGGCGGCGGCUGUGAUAUACCGCAACCACAUGCUGCUGCGCAUGGGCGACACUCUGCGCGCGCGGCAGGACAUCUACUUGAAAUUUCUGCGGCGGCAGGAGGGGCCCUGCCCCGAGCUCUUUGUCGAUGAUCCCCAGGGAGGCAUUGCGUUGGCGCAGGGGUUGCUGGCGGCCGGAGACGUGGCCGAGGAGCUUCGGCAGAACGUCGCUCUGGAGCAGCAGCUUCACAACGAGUUCUUGCUCGCCGUGCGCUCGAAACUGGAUCCCCUGCAGAGCGCCACAGCCAUCGUGCAUCACGGCCCCACUGUGAAGCUGGCAGGCUCCUCGGGUGCGACCGACGAUGGCACUCAUGCCUCCCCAAACGCCCAGCGCAUUGAAUCGUACCCCUGGUGCCCCGAGGCGUUGGCGAUAGUGAACUGCGCGGCAGACGAGUUGGGUGCCCCCCCGGCACAUGAGCUUCUGGGCUGCCCGGUGCGGGUCCCCCCCGCGGCAACGGGGGCCACCGCGGAUUCGCUCCUGCCGCUGCCGCCGGGAUCCACCUGCCCGGAUUGGAGCCUGCCGCCUCCCGACUGGGCCCCGGCCGACAUCGAAUGGCUGCAGGCCAAUCUCGGCAUGCACCCCUGA